AUGGAAGAAGGCGUUGUCGACGGCCUAAUUCGGUCAAUGGGUGAGAGCGGACGGAACGACGCACCAAAACAUUUCACUAUCCAAGAACAAACAAUCAGCUUUGGGAAACUUUUUGACGAAGAACAUGCCGACUGGAUAUUACCUUCCUUUGCACCGCAACGGUCGAUCCUGGACCAUCUCCAUAUCCACACGAUCUCACCCACGGAGGUGGGAUUAACACCAACAAAGGCCUCUGUCAAGGCAAACCGAUAUGCCAUUCUACUUCGACCACAUCGGCAAUGCGGCAAAUUUGGCCGGCAGUGGAAUAUCAGAGGUGCUCCACAUGUUCCAUUUCACGACUGA